AUGGAUAUAAUUAUCCUUAGCAUUGAUUUUUUACAGAGGUCUAUUCUUGAGUCAAGGGAGAAAAUUUCGGCCAUAGAAACUCAGCUUGCAGCAACUAUCCCGUCCCAGGACCUGACUGACCUCAAGAAUAAAACUGAUAAAGUGUUGGACGAGCAUCGGAAAUACAUUGAACAGACCAAAAGAUCUAAAUAUAUUCGUGAUACAGAGGAUUAUCAGUUGAAUCGGGUGUAUAGGUGGCAAUGGCAAGAACCGAAUACCUAUGGGCAAUAUGGCUAUGCGGACUAUGCAUCCUCUUCCUCUGGGAGCGAGAAACCAAUGCACCGCAGAUCACAACGUUUUUUCAACCUGCGAGGCAACCGCUCCCGGCGAAAGCAAAGAGGAUACGCAGGGGACGACAUUCCAACCGGGUCAGAGACACUUCCAAUGCAGACCAGGUCCCAGAGGUCUAUUCUUGAGUCAAGGGAGAAAAUUUCGGCCAUAGAAACUCAGCUUGCAGCAACUAUCCCGUCCCAGGACCUGACUGACCUCAAGAAUAAAACUGAUAAAGUGUUGGACGAGCAUCGGAAAUACAUUGAACAGACCAAAAGAUCUAAAUAUAUUCGUGAUACAGAGGAUUAUCAGUUGAAUCGGGUGUAUAGGUGGCAAUGGCAAGAACCGAAUACCUAUGGGCAAUAUGGCUAUGCGGACUAUGCAUCCUCUUCCUCUGGGAGCGAGAAACCAAUGCACCGCAGAUCACAACGUUUUUUCAACCUGCGAGGCAACCGCUCCCGGCGAAAGCAAAGAGGAUACGCAGGGGACGACAUUCCAACCGGGUCAGAGACACUUCCAAUGCAGACCAGGUCCCAGACGCGCUGGUACAUAGAUCUAGUGACAGAAGCAUACCAGGUUCACUAUUCUGUAUUGGAAGAAAUUAAGCAAAACACUGUUAUAGGAAAUCUUGCAGUGGAUUUGGGCAUAAGUAAGAAAGAACUGGAAACAAGAAAACUAAGGGUUAUUUCCCAUAAUAAGAAGCACAAUCAUUUUAAUGUCAGUUUAGAUGGCAAUUUAUAUGUCACUGACAGGAUAGAUAGGGAAGAAUUGUGUAGCUCGAAACCAAUUUGUCAUCUAGAUCUUGAAGUUCUGGUGGAAAAUCCUGUAAAUGUUUUCCCUGUUACAGUCCAAGUCCUGGAUAUAAAUGAUAAUUCUCCAUGUUUUUCCAAGGAUAUUUUUGCAAUUGGGAUAAGUGAAUCGGCUUCACCAGGAGCUCAUUUUAUACUGGGAAAUGCAUUUGACUCUGAUCUAGGUAGCAAUUCAAUACAGAGUUAUAGCCUUAGCCCAAAUCCAUAUUUCACACUGGGCGAGAAAACUGACAGCGAAGGAACAAAACAUCCAGAACUGAUCUUGGAACAACCUCUCGACCGAGAAAACCAACCGAGAUAUAUACUUGCUUUAACAGCUUAUGAUGGAGGAAACCCCCUAAGAACUGGGACAGCUCUCAUUCAAAUUGACAUACAGGAUGUUAAUGACAAUUAUCCAGUGUUCAGCCAGGACACCUAUAGAGUAACUUUAAAGGAAGAUACAUCAGUGGGUUCAGUGGUUCUUAAACUUAAUGCCAGUGACAGAGAUGAAGGAUCUUAUGGACAAGUCACUUAUUCCUUUAGUUACUUUGAUGAAAGUGCACAAAAUGUCUUCUCUAUGGAUUCUCAAACUGGAGUAAUUAAAACAAUGGAAGAACUGGACUAUGAGACAACGCAAAGUUACAAAAUGAGUGUAGAAGCUAAGGAUGGGGGUGGGUUAGUGGCAAAAUGUGCUCUUAUAAUGCAGAUUGAAGAUGUCAAUGACAACAUUCCAGAGAUCAUGUUUGCAUCAUUGUCUACUAAAAUUCCAGAAGACGCAUUACCUGGGACACUUGUAGCAUUAAUUAAUGUCAAGGAUUUGGACUCCAAAGAAAAUGGUGAUGUUGUAUGUCAAAUUAGUGAAUCCUCCCCAUUUAAUUUAAUCCAGUCGUCUAAUAAUUACUAUAAACUUGUCACUACAGGUCUAUUAGACAGAGAAAAAAACACUAAUUAUAAUGUAACAAUCAUAGCUGAAGAUGGAGGUUCACCUCCUAUGAUAAGUAAAAGGAAUAUCUCCAUAACUGUUUUGGAUGUAAAUGACAAUCCCCCGGUCUUUGAUAGAACAUUUUAUAUUUACUACAUUCCAGAGCAAACCCCAGCAGGAACAUCAAUACAGAAUAUCCAUGCACAAGAUACUGAUGAAAAUGAGAAUGCUCAGAUAAUUUACUCCAUUAUAAACAGUAAUAUUGAGAAUAUUCCAGUCACAUCAUAUGUUUCCAUAAACUCAGUCACAGGAGUGAUCUAUGCUCAGAGAAAAUUUGACUAUGAGCAGUUGCGGGAAUUUCAGUUCCAGGUGAUGGCUAAAGACAGUGGUUCUCCUCCUCUAAGCACUAAUGUCACAGUGAGGAUAUGUAUCAUUGAUAAGAAUGAUAAUGCUCCUAAGAUUCUCUACCCAUCACCAGACACCGAGGGAUCAGCCUUAUUUGAGUUUAUUCCUCACUCUGCUGAGAAAGGUUAUCUGGUCACCAAAGUGAUUGCAGUGGACUCUGACUCUGGACACAAUGCCUGGCUCUCCUAUCACUUACUACAAGUCCCUGAUCCAUCUUUAUUCACAAUUGGCCAGUAUACUGGUGAAAUUAGAAUUGGAAGAGAUCUUCCAGAUAUGGAGUCCUUAAGGCAAAAACUUGUGGUUCUGGUAAAGGAUAAUGGAGUCCCAUCUCUGUCAUCUACAGUUACUUUGAACCUGGUUAUGGCUGAGAAUUUUCAACAAGUAGUGCCAGACAUAAGAAGACAACCCAAUAACCCAUCACCUGCUUCUAAUGCAACAUUCUACCUUGUAAUAGCUAUAGCCCUCAUCUCUGUGUUGUUUAUUGUGACAGUGCUGAUUACAGUCAUCUUUAAAUGCAAAAAGACUCAUACUCCAAUGUCUUUUGGAUCAUAUAAUAGAAAUGUGUACCCUCAGUUCACCCUGGGAUGUCCUUCUGAGAUCAGUGAUACAAGUUUACCUUUCCCAUUCUCAUAUGAUGUGUGUGUGACUCUGGACUCAAAGCAGAAUGAAAUUGCUUAUCUGAAGCCAGUACAGAAUGUACCUACAGAGAACCUUAUUGAUACAGAAAAUCCAACUGUUGCAGAGAAUUCUAUGAUGGUUAACAUGCCUACUGAGAGUAAUACACAAGUAAGUAGAACAUUAAACUGA